UGUUCAUGUUCAAGUUCAACUGAUUUUGAUGUGUUGAUAUUUACUCAACGAUUGCCUCAAACUGUUUGUUACGCAUGGAAAGAAAACUUUUCAUCAAACACAUGUUCACCAACUGAUGAAGAAUGGACGGUUCAUGGAAUUUGGCCAACUCAAUAUCACAAAAUUGCACCAAGUUAUUGUAAUGAAUCAUUGGUAUUCAAUUUAACCGAACUUGCAACAAUUAAAGAUAAACUUGAAAAAAAAUGGAUCUCUGUUGAAAAUGGUACAACACAUUGUUCAUUUUGGGAACAUGAAUGGUCAAAACAUGGUACAUGUUCAGCUGUAUUACCACAAUUAAAUACUCAAAUGAAAUAUUUUGAAAAAGGUCUUGAGCUAUUAGAAAAAUAUGACAUGAAAAAUAUACUUGGUCAAGUUAAUAUAUUACCUGGUAAUAAUUAUACAGUACAAGAAAUUUUAAAAGGUGUUGGCACUGUUUUGGGUAAAAAUUGUCAAGUCGAUUGUUUUUCAAGCAAGAAACAAAAUGUAACGUAUUUAUUUGAAAUUCGUAUUUGCUUUGAUAAAUCAUUGAAUUUCAUUGAUUGUGAUGGUAUAUUUGAUUUUCCAACAAAUUGUCCAUCAACAGCAAAUAUUAUUUAUCCAAAAACUCUACUUGAUCAGCAUCAUGAUGUUUAA